AAAAAAACCGCUUUCCCAGAAACAACUCUCUCCCUCGCGUUUCCCAGUCAAAAACUACCAUCUUGUCUGUCUUUAUCGGGUGUACUGAUUAUAUUAAGUUCUCCACAUGUUGUUCACCCAAACAGCCCCUAAUCUCAAACUUUUUGGAGAUGUCCCUCCUCCUCUUUCUCUCUCUACAACUUGCCCUCUCUUCUCUCUCCUCCUCCGCCGCCGCCCAAAACACCACCACCACCAACACUGCCGCCGCCGCCUCAUGCUCUCUCAACUUCGAUAUUCUUCAUCAGCUCCUAAAGGGCACAAAACAACCAACCCUCGAUUUAAACGGCGAGUGUCAACAUAUCCUACAAGGUCUUCGGCUAGUCCAGUCGGAGUACCUCCGGGCCACCAACAAUUUCUUGCCGCCGAUCGACCAAGCCGAAUCCUGUUGGGACUCCUACCAAGCCAUAGUCAACGAAUCCGACCCGAAAUUCGAUAUCCGCAAGUCCUGCGGGUUCAACACCAGCUGGAUCGCCGAGGGUUGCAUGAACAUCACGACCCGAUUUGAAUUCGAAGGCAAUGUCUCCAAAUCCUCAUUGAACGCCGUCGUUUCGGCCUGUAACCAGUCCCUAGAAAACGGCUCGCCAUGCGCGUCAUGCACCACCAGCCUCUCCAGCCUUCAGGCCUCGUAUCUGACCGGUAAUUCGGUUGGAAACGUCUCCGAUUGCACGGCUUACCCGUCGAUUUAUGCUGCCGCAUUUGCUAACUAUUUGGGUCCUACCGAUGAAGGUACUGCGAAAUGCUUGUUUUCUCUCGAUUUCACUAGGUCUGAUUCGAGUGGUAAGCAGCGAAAGAUUGUAAUUGUUGUUGGUGUGGUUUGUUGUGGACUUGUUUUGGUUCUGGGUUUUGGUGGGUUUUGGUAUUUUCGGCGAAAAAGAUGGAAACCGAGGCAGCAGAGGACGAUUUCCAGGACCGGAACUAGUUUGGCUUCUGGGUUGGAUUCAAUUAGUGGAAGUACUACUUUGGUUAGGUACACAUUUGAUGAAAUCAAGCAAUCAACUAAGAAUUUUUCUAGGGAAAACAUAAUUGGAAGUGGAGGGUAUGGGAAUGUGUACAAAGGGGUAUUACCAGAUGGGUCUGAAGUUGCAUUGAAGAGAUUCAAGAAUUGUUCAUUGGCAGGCGAUGCGAGUUUCACACAUGAAGUAGAGGUGAUUGCCAGCGUUCGACAUAUGAAUCUUGUGGCUUUGAGAGGGUAUUGCACCGCAACGACUCCAUUAGAAGGCCACCAGAGGAUAAUUGUGUGUGAUUUGAUGAAGAAUGGUAGUCUUCAUGAUCACCUAUUUGGGUUGAAUGUGAAUAAGCUAAGCUGGCCAAUUCGCCAAAAGAUUGCGCUUGGCACAGCUCAUGGGUUAGCUUAUUUGCACUAUGGUGCUCAACCGGCUAUUAUUCAUAGAGAUAUCAAAGCGAGUAAUAUACUUUUGGAUGAGAAGUUUGAGCCCAAAGUGGCUGAUUUUGGGCUUGCAAAGUUUACACCAGAGGGGAUGACACAUUUGAGCACUAGAGUAGCUGGGACAAUGGGCUAUGUGGCCCCUGAGUACGCUUUAUAUGGGCAGUUGACAGAGAGGAGCGAUGUUUACAGCUAUGGAGUAGUGUUUCUUGAGCUUUUGAGUGGGAAGAAAGCGCUUAUGGCGGUUAAUGAAGACCAACCCACUCUUGUGACUGAGUGGGCGUGGUCAUUAGUGAGGAAAGGGAGAGCUUUAGAUGUGAUUGAAGAUGGUAUGAGAGAUUUGGGUCCUCCAGAAGUUAUGGAGAAGUAUGUGUUGGUUGCAGUACUAUGUUCUCACCCACAGUUAUAUGCUAGGCCGACAAUGGACCAAGUUGUGAAGAUUUUAGACACAGAUUUACCAGUUCCAUCUAUCCCUGAAAGACCGAUUUCUCUGAUUGCGAAUAUUGAUGAUAUUGAGAGAACAACGAGCAGCAGUGGUGGUGGUGGUGGUUCGAGUAAUCUGUCAAGUUCUUGUGGAUACCAUUCAUACACGGUUGAGAUUGACCGGCCUUCUUCUUCUAAACAGAAACAAGGAGAGGAAAUUUCAGGUGGCAGAUGAAAAUUGAGGUGAUUCAGAGGAUGGUUGGUUGGUUGGACCACUUGGAAGUCUUGAAUGAUUCUUUUUGCUACCAGUUGUAUUGUUCAUCUUUGAUUCAUUUGUUAAUGGAGAUUGUGUGGUUCCUGAAUUUGGAAUCCCAACUCCCACUGUAAAGUGAAAUAUAGGUGUAUAGCCCCAGUUGAUUUUAUUUUUUUAUUUUUACUUAAAAAGAUUUAGGAAAUAUAGAGCAUGAUUUUUAGAAGUAGCUUUGUUUGGAAGGCCUUAAGGUCUUGCAUUGGCGAUUCUGCAAGCAUAUUGUUGGGUUAUUCUUUCUUUGGGUGUACUAUACCUUUUAGGUUAUUGAUUUGUUAUAAUCUUUUUUUGGAUGUUCUUACCA